GAAUUGCGUCUGGCUGCCGCCUGGUUUGGACAUCCACAACCAACAAUGGUGUGGACUUUGAAUGACAAGACCGUGAAACCUGACGGAAAGAAUGUGAUCGAGUCAAGCGAACCUCUGCCACCUCCCACACAUCCGGGUCCAGGAGGUCCGCUAGAACAGUCACCCGGUGCGACUGAGGUGCUCACAGUUCCCAAAGCACGACGGGCAGAUACGGGCGAGUACAAGUUAACUUUGAUGAAUGACCAAGGUCAGACGUCCACCACAUGCAAAGUAGAAGUCAUCGAUGUACCGGCUGCCCCGUCCGGCCCUCUGGAGGCAACUGAUGUAAAGGCUGACGAGAUCACACUACACUGGAAGGCACCGGAAGAUGAUGGCGGUGAACCGAUUACAAAUUACGUCCUGGAAAAGAAACCGAAGAAUUCGGACAACUGGGAGAAGGUGAGUGGAUUCCUACAUGGUACCACAGCCACGGUGCGUAACCUAGAAGAGGGCAAAGAAUAUGAUUUCCGUGUGAUGGCCGAAAAUGCAAUGGGCGUUAGCGAGCCGUUGACCACAGACCACGCGAUCAAAGCCAAGCAUCCAUUUGAUCCACCAUCCGGUAUGGAUAAGCCCACUGUGGAGGAUACAACCGAUGAUUCGGUCACGAUUGCCUGGAAUCCGCCCCGCAAAGGUCCAGUUACUGGUUAUGUGGUUGAGAAACGUCCUAAAGGGGACAAGAAUUGGACUAAGAAGUCCACCGGACAAGGUGGAAAUGACAAAGAAUGGCAUGCNUUCAAGGUCGAAGUCACUCCGAACGAAGUGAUCGUAACCGAUACCAAAGCGGAGAAGGAGGACUCUGGGCCAUUGCAAAUCACACUGAAAAAUGAGAAGGGCGAGGCCACAGCCCCAGUUACACUCAAAGUUCAAGGUCCUCCAGAACCACCUAAAGGACCGCUCGAGGUGACUGAUGUGCGGGGUGAUUCGUGCAAGCUGUCAUGGAAUCCACCAGCUGAUAAUGGUGGCAGCCCAGUCACCAAUUAUAUUGUGGAGAAGAUGGACACAAAGACCGGUGAAUGGACUCCAGUUAGCCGUUUUGUUCGCCAACCGGAGUACGAGGUUACCGGUUUGGAAGAGGGUAACAAUUACAAGUUCCGUGUACGUGCCGAGAACGAAUUGGGUGUCAGUGAACCGUUGGAAGCUGAACGAUCGAUUAAGGCCGAGAACCCAGCAACCGCUCCCGACUCUCCAUCCAAUGUAAACGUGGUCGAUGUUGACUCUGACAAAGUUAAAUUGGAAUGGAGUAAACCACGCAAUGAUGGUGGACGUAAGGUCACUGGUUACGUGGUCGAGUACAAACCACUGAAUGCGACCGAAUGGGAACGCAUCCCGGUGGUUAAAGAACCAACUGCAACCGUGGAUGGACUCAAGAAAGGUGAGAAGUAUGUGUUCCGUGUCGCGGCCAAGAACGACGUCGGUACUGGUGAACCGAGUAGACCAACGAAACCAGUAGAGUGCAAGCCCAAAUACACCACUGCUGAUGGCCCGGGACAACCCAGUGUGGAUGACGUGGGCAAAAACUUUGUGGACCUAUCCUGGCCAAAGCCGCUCAAAGACGGUGGUUCACGUAUCACUGGCUAUGUGGUUGAAAAACGAAAGAAAAAUGCCCCGGAUUGGGAACCGGCAACUCCGGGCGGAAAACCGGUUAGCGGAAAUCAAGCUCACAUCGAAGAUUUGGAUGAGAAUGGCGAGUAUGAAUUCCGUGUGCGACCGGUCAAUGCGGCCGGUGUCGGUGCGCCAAGCGAUCCGACUCCGUUGGUGAAAGUCAAACCGAAAUAUGGCAAGUGGACGAAACAUACGAUUUUGAGCGCAUCCCCCCCCCGGUCUUAG